UCUCUACAAAUUCAACACAAGCGUCGUCUCCCUCGCAAGCCACACUUCUCACGCUACACACUUCCCCGUUAAAAUUCUUCCUCAGAGCUCCCAUCGCCACGCGGCCGCCAUGGCCGACCGCGUCCACCCCAUGCCUCCUUCCCCGCCGCGCCACCCCGCAUCGCCCCCUCCGGCGCCGGCCAAGGACCCGGACGCGGACGCCGCCGCCGCCGCGGCCACGGAGACCACGCCGCUCCACCCGGCGGCGGCCGCCUUCCACGGCCCCCCACCUCCGCCGGCGCCGGCGCCGAAGCCGGCAUACAUCGUCCAGAUCCCCAAGGACCAGGUGCUCCGGGUGCCGCCCCCCGACCGCGCGCGCCGCUACAAGAGCCUCUCGACCCGCCCGGCGCGCCGCCGCCGCCUCCGCCGCGCCUGCUGCUCCGCCUGCGCGCUGCUGCUGCUGCUCCUCGUCGCCGCCGCCGCCUUCCUCGGGAUUGUGUACCUCGUAUUCCGCCCCAAACCCCCUUCCUUCUCCGUUUCCUCCAUCAACCUCCGCGGCCUCAACGCCACCGACCCCUCCGUCGUCUCCGGCUCCGUCGCCGUGCGGGCGGACAACGGCGGCAAUAGGAAGGUGGGCGUGGAGUACCUCUCCGGCGGCGAGGUGGAGCUCUCCUACGACGGAUCCUCCCCACUCGCGGCCGGGAAGUGGCCGGCGUUCGUGCAGGCGCAGAGGAACGUGACGGAUUUCACCGUGGCGAUGGCGACGACAGGCGCGAGCUUUGGCGGCGACGAGCGGAGGAGGAGGGAGGCGAUGGCGGUGGAGGCCCGCGUGCCGGUCAGGCUGCGGUUCGGGAAGACGCCGCUGCGGACGUGGACGGUGGACGUCAAGGCCACCUGCCAGGUCACGGUGGACGGCCUCGCCGGCGGCGGCGGGGUUGCGGCGGGGAGCAGAGGGUGCAGGGUCAAGGUCCGGCCGUUCCUCUGGUGGUGGUGGUGAAGGCCGCUGGUCGCUCGCAUCCGUCGUCUUCUUCGUCUCCGGCUCGCCGGCCGCUGGCCGCCGGCACAGGGGACAUCAAUUUCCUUUAACGGCUAGAAGUAUUAAUUCGGAUUUUCGGAGGGUGUGUAGAGUCAAAAAGUCAAUGCAAAGAAGUUAUUUGGUGGUGGAGUGGAUUUGAAUUUCCGGUUUUAGAGGGGUGGUUUCGGGGUGUACUUUCGGUUGUUUGGGAAUUCUUCGUAUAUACAGACAUACAGUGCAUCCUCAUUCCGUCGCAAGACAAAGAAAAGAAAAUGUUGAGUGAUAUACUAAUUUGUAUCAAGUCAAGUGUAUUUUUCGCCCUCAAUUUAUCGCAGGUUCCCUUACUA